UGCGGCUACCGCUGCAGUCAGCUACGCAAAGAUCUUUCUCCGCGAGCGAGCGCAUAACUCGAGAUAAGGCAGAUAGGCGAGACAAACAGCGCCGAUCUCUCCAGCACCGAGGCCGCCGUUCGCUGCCACUCGCAAGCCAGCAUAGAAAACAAGCGGCGGAAAUGAGGCCGCUCGGCCUCGACGUUGUCUUUUUGGCGCUCUUUUUCUGCUGCUGUUGCUUAGCACCCUGCCAGUGCGCCAUACCCACGACCAUGAAGAUACAGAACAACAGCUUCCUGGUGGGCCGGCGGCUGGCCGGCGACGAGGAGAUCGAGCAGCGCGAGGAGAGCCUCCAGGGCAAGCCCGACUACGUGUUCACCUACAGCAAGACCUACGUCGGCAACAACGAGUACCACAUGACGCAGAUCGACGUGAAGGACAUCGCCAAGGCCGGGGCUUACGCGGCCAUCGUGGCCGGCGGUCCCGGCCACACCUUCGUCACGCUCGGCUACACCAUACCCAGGUACACGGACAUGCGCUUCCGCGUCACCAUCAGGGGCAAGAGGCCGCCCUUCAGAAAGAUACCCUGAGGCCCGGACCGCUCCGAUAAUUGUUGUAUAAAAUCCACUGCUUUUUUGCCCAGCCAACCGACAAAAGUAUUCAA